AUGACCGACCUAACAUCUUCCCCGGUCGAGAGCGUUUCGGCUGAUCUCGAGAAGAAAACACCACAUGUUCAGUCUACUACAGGAGGCGAUGGAGCACUGCAAUUACUGGAAGCUGGUUCGCCUGCCGUUCUCGAUCCCGCCGCAUCACGGCGACUAUUGCGCAAGAUCGAUUUCUAUAUCAUGCCAUUGAUCUGCAUCGUGUACUUCCUACAAUAUCUCGACAAGAUCGCUAUCAGUUACGCCAGCGUCACGGGUCUGCGCGAGUCAGCAAACCUCCAAGGCAACCAAUUCAACUGGGUGUCGAGUAUCUUCUUCUUCGGCCAGCUGGCUCUCGCUUUCCCCACAAUGCGCAUCAUGCAAUUAUUCCCCCUGGCAAAAUACGUCGCCGUCAACGUCACGAUCUGGGGCACUAUCCUGGCCUGCAUGGCCGCUUGCAAGUCCUUCGCCUCCCUGAUGGUCUGCCGUACACUUCUGGGCGCCGCUGAAGCAUCAAUCAUCCCCGCCUGGGUGGUCUUCACCUCGCAGUGGUACCGCAAGGAUGAACAGGCUUUCCGCGUCGGCUUGUGGUUCGGCAUGUGUGGAUUCGCGCAGAUGUUCGGCGGCUACGUCGCAUACGGCGUGGCAACCCACAUCGGUGGAGAUCCUAGCGCGUCUCUGAAAGGCUGGCAGGUUAUUUUCCUGAUCCUGGGUCUGCUGACCGUGAUCGUCGGCAUCCUCUUCUUCUUCCUGCUGCCGGAUUCCCCUCUCACAGCGAAGUUCUUGACACCGGAAGAAAAGGCGAUGCACGCAGAGCGUCUUCGCGGAAACGGACAGGGCAUCGGAAGCACUGUCUUUAAGAAGGCUCAGGUUUACGAAGCCCUCACUGACCCUCACACCUGGCUCUACGCCUUCUGGGUCAUGGCGGCAAAUGUACCGAACUCCACUGCCACGAGUUUCGGAAACAUCAUGGUAACCGGUAUGGGCUACACGAAAACGGAAAGUCUUCUCCUCGUCACCCCAAUGGGCGCUUAUGAGGUGGUUGCAUUGAUUGGCCUGACCUAUCUUGCAAUGAAGACCCAGCGACGACUCUUCUGGUGCAUCAUCGGCCACAUCCUGGCCAUCGUGGGCGCGAUCUUGAUGGCGACAACCAACAAAGUGCCGGCCCUUAUCGGAUACUACCUCACUGGAGGUAUUCCGCUUGGAUGGACGACAAUUCUUGGACUUACCAGUACCAAUGUGGCUGGCUCGACCAAGAAGAUCACCGUGUCCUGCAUCCAGACCAUCGCCUACACUGUUGGCAACAUCAUCUCGCCUCAGACCUUCCAAGCUAAGGAUGCCCCAGGAUAUAUGCCGGCUAAGAUCUCUAUCUGCGUGCUGUACUUCGUCGUCACGCUUGAUCUGGGCCUUAUUUGGUGGGUGGCGCAGCGGGAGAAUCGCCGACGCGACCUGGAGAAGGAGGCACUGGGCGAUGCGUAUGUUGUUCCUGAGAACAACGAGUUUUUGGAUUUGACAGAUCGGGAAAAUCCCGAAUUCCGUUAUGCGAUUUAA